AUGGCUAUCCAACACAUGAAUCCAGAAGCCCGCGCUGUGAUUGCUGAGCUCAUUCGGCUCAGGGAAGGUUUCAUCCAAAACCGUCUGAUAUUUGUUAAGAGUGACCGGAUGAUCCCUAUACUUAAGGUCCUGGGGGCUACGGACGAGGACUUGGAAAAUAUGAAAACCGUGAGUGAUAGUUUGUGUGAUGAUCCGACUCUCCCCUUCCGGAGAAGCAAGAACGGUCGGUUCUACUUCGACUUCGAGCAGUCCAAGCUCCGUCGCCUUGAGUUUCAGCCCUUUGCCCUGUCAGUGGAAGAGGAUUUCGUACGUCAUGAUUCAGGAAAGAUUCGUGAAUUCGAAGAGGUCGAUGGGAAUCUACAAGGAAACACUGCCCUGCACGCUUUAUUUAUAUUCAAGGCAUUGAUGUUCCACGGGAUGUCCUUCAAGCAACGGCCCAAGCUUGACUACAGAACCGACAACUUCAUUUGCACCCUAUUCAACCUUCGAACAGUCACGAAUAAGGACUUAGUCGGGGAGCCCGCUCUAGAAGGAGUCCACAGCGACGGGGUGGACUUCACCAUGACCACCUAUUUGGGCAGCGAGAAUAUGACGCGCGACAGCGCUGUGACAUUCAUUCAUGACAUUCGCGAGCAGAAUGCCUUGCGCUGGAAUGAGACCCAUCCCGAAUACAAUCUCGGUAGCCAUCAACAUCGCGACUUCCUUGACACUUUGCUCUUUGUUGACCACGAGAGAAAGCACAGCCUAUCGCCUGUGUAUGCUGCUGAUCCGGAGCGCUCUGCGACGAGAGACAUGCUUAUUUUCUUCACCCGCAAGCCGGUAGUGGAAGGGCAUAUUUCACAUCCAUAUGAUUCCCUUCAACCCCAUCUAUCGCUUCCCUUAGAGGUCCCAUUAGUCUAACAACCCAACUUUUAUUUGGUGUUGUAUUGUGAACAGUACUUAUGUUCGGGCUAUUCCUCUUCUUAUCACCUAAGAUUAGAAUCGUUUUACCCACCAGUGUAUUCCUACACUACCAAG